AUGGCGUCUCUCAACGAAUCGAUCCUGAGCGUCAGACCAGGCAGACUCGAUGUGCAGCAAAGCUCAGGUACCUCACCAAUAGGUGGGCCAACCAGAGAGGCCAAGGGACGGCAAAGACCAUCAAGAGACGAUAGAAUGCUGGAAGGAGUCGGUAACCUCAUUAGAAAUAUCUAUGUUGAAGUUUCUGAGGCCGAAGAGGAAUCUUGUGAGGCAGCUACUAUCAAGGACUAUGAAUUCAUUGCUUCGUAUAGUUGGAAAGACAUCGAGCAUCCAACUAUAUACGUCCCAGGCCUCCCUCCAAAACUCACAACUCCGAGCCUCCCAAUCCAACUUCAAAGAGACAGACUUACGCGCUCCAGGCCCCGAUCUCCAGCAGCAGCGGUCGAUCCCCUCUUCGAGACGCUCCUCCACCAACAUCCUGAUUUUGACAUGUCUUCCAUACAUCUGGUGACCGACCGCAAUAGUCUUCGCAAAUUUCUAUCUUUUGCUUCAAACGGUCCCGGAAAAUGGCGUAUUGAUGUGGAUAUGAUAAAUGACACGAUGUUUUUCAACCAAUGGGAGGAAUUUCGGCUUAUGAUGAUAAAUGGAUGUCAAGAUUCAGGUUAUGGUCAUGCUUUCGAGGACUGUGUCACGGCUAGAGAACCGACUCUGGAGGACAGUAUACAUCACGAACGAAUUGUGAGAUAUGAACUUGGGGGUUUGGAGUGUUUGGUUAGGUUUGAGGCCGACGCUUACUUGGAUGUAGAUGGGAACGAGAAAGGGAGAGAGCGCUUGGCGAUCCAUUCUCCAGAUCCUCCUGCACCAAAGCCUACGAGACCAGUCCUUAAACCGCCAUAUAAGCUCGUUCACGUUGUCUCUCGCGGUCAUUAUGUCAAUCCGGGUCUGAUUGCCGAGAUCAAAUCCUGCUCCACACUCAAGUUCAACAUCAACAAGACGCUUCCUCAAUUAUGGUUUUCUCAAACAAAACACCUAUGUGUGGGCCGUCACAAGGAGGGGCUUGUGACAGAGAACCUGGAGAUAAAGGAUAUGAGGGAGGAGCUUAAAAAGUGGGAGGCUAGUAAUCAGGAACAUUUGAAGAACAUGAUCCGGAUAAUCAGGGAGAUUAGGGAGAUUGCUAAAACCGCCCGGAAGUGUACAAUUAUUUGUAUGACGGUCGACGGGGUGAAGUGCUUAAGUGUUUUUGACAGAAAGGAAGGUGACAUGGCAAUCCGUCCGGAGGUUGUAAAGCGAUGCUGGAGGACUUUGGGAGAAGCUCGAGUUACGACUUCCACACCGAAAGUAGGACUUUAA